AAAGAUUCAGACUGGAAACAGGGCUCCUCGUCUCAGGCGGUAGAGUAGACACCCCCUUCCCGAGACCAAACGGACAGGCGGCUAGCAGGCCGCGGUACAACUCAAGCCAGAAAAGGACCCCCACACUAGUAGGCGUCGCUAAGGAAGGCCAAGAAAUGGAGGUGCUGGGGGGAUGUUACGAACAGAUUCUGUUCGGGUUCUCCAUACAACCGGCCGAGAACUGGGCAGUUGCUCCCGAUUUUACUCAUCAUGCACACAGUGCUUCACUGUCAGCAGUAGCUGUGAAUGAAAGAUAUGUAGUCACUGGGAGCAAGGAUGAAACUAUACAAAUCUAUGACAUGAAAAAGAAGGUAGAACAUGGAACAUUGGUACAUCACAAUGGCACUGUAACCUGCUUGGAAUUCUAUGGGAGUGCUCAUCUAUUGAGUGGAGCUGAAGAUGGUCUCAUAUGUAUUUGGAAUACAAAAAAAUGGGAAUGCUUGAAGUCAAUUCAAGCCCACAAGGGCCAUGUGACAUCUCUUUCUAUUCAUCCUUCUGGAAAGUUGGCUUUAUCAGUAGGAACAGACAAAACAUUAAGAUGCACAUCUUGUUAAAUGGUCGCCUAGUGGUGAGAUAUACGUGGUGGCUAUAGCUAACAAAGUUGAUAUAUACGAUCUGGAAACGGCUUCUAUCUCUGGUACCAUUGCUACAGAAAAGAGGAUAUCUUCAAUAAAGUUUAUCACUGAUUCCAUACUUGCUAUUACAGGAGAUGAAGAAUUUGUACGUUUAUUUGAUUGUGAAUCUCAAAAAUGCCUUUGUGAAUUUAAAGCUCAUGAAAACAGAAUCAAAGCACUGUACAAUUUCAAAAUGGAAGGCUUACACAUUCUAGUAACAGCAUCAAGUGAUGGCUACAUUAAGGCAUGGAAUCUGGAUAUUGAUAAGAUUGAGAAUGCUCCAUCAUUGCUAUGUGAGGUCAAUACUAAGGCCAGGCUUACCUGCUUAGCAGUAUGGCUCAAAAGAGAUUUUGAAGCAGAGCAGAUCCCCGUUGAAGCCACAACGUCUUCAUCUCAGGUACAUGAAGCCGAGCAGCCAUCACUUAAGAAAAAGAAAAUUUGUUGGACCGAUAGUAAUAAACCCUCAGAGGGAGAUGUCCAAAAACCCGUUCUAAAAAGAAAAUCAGGAAACAUGCAACAAAAGAAGUUACAGAGAUUAAAAUAAAUAUGUAGUCGUAAUCAUAUCUCAUACUAAAUAUAUAACAAGGAACCAAUGUGGUUUUCACUUUAAGACAUUUUUCAUUUUUAGUACAUUCUUAAGAAUAUUUUAUAUAUUAAUGUUUCUAGGAAAUAGCUAUUAUAUUUCUGCCAUAACAAUACCCAGAUCUUUUGACUUCUGUUUUUAAGUGUGAAAAUAUAAGUCUCAAAUAUUCUACAAUGUAUGUGAAAUUUCCUAUUCUAGUAUUAUUUAAAUUAAUUUCCAAGUUGCUAAUAUAUUUUGAUAUUUACACAUAUUUUCAGGUUUUCUUAGUUUUUUUCAUGGAGGCAUUAUUCAUAUAAGGAUUUUAAUUACCAGAGUAAAAAUGAAUACAAACUAGACUUAAAGAAAAAAGAGUAAGAAAGAAUAAAAAA